AUGCGGUUCUUCGACCUUAUCCUAGUGUCCAUCACUGCGCUCUCAGUUCCUGCUUAUGCAUGCAAAUGUACUAGAGAUGGCCUGGAUGACCCCAGUUCAACUCAGACGUGCUGCGAUGAGGUGAGCGGAACUUUCCAGGACGGCGAGGAUUGCCAGGCUUCUUCCAUCUCGGAUUUCCUUGAGGCAUUCUCUAUCUGCUGCAGCAACCAUGGAUUCCCUUCGGAUUGUGAUUGCCCGACUUGCUAG